AUGUUUGAAGGCGAUAAACUCUUUCCUGUCUGGGGUAAACACUUUCCUUCAAUUAUAGAGAAAGAAUUCACAGUAAAUGAAAUCAAAGAAAUGCGCAAGAAGAUAAAAGAAACUCCUUACAAAGAAUUAUUCGAAAAAAAUAGGCAGUUUUUCAACCCAUACGCAACUUCUAAAUAUCUAGAACUGCCACCUUUAAAGGCAGUAAAGCUUGAAGAAGACGGGCUAAAGGACAAAGUAAACUUUAAAGGGAAGGAUGGAAAUGUUUAUACAGGACAAGUUGACGAAAGAAAUAGAAGAAAUGGGUUAGGAUAUUUGCUAUACGUUGAUGGAUCGCUGCAUAUGGGAUUUUUUUAUGCUGGGGCAACUAAAGGUCGAGGACGCCGAAUUGAUACAAACGGAAUUGUUUAUCAAGGAAAUUUCAAAGAUGGAGUGCUUAAAGGAGAAGGGUCUGUUACCUGACCGAACGGAUUUUCAUAUGAUGGAAGCAUAGAAGAUGGAAUCCCACAUGGGACUGGCACAGAAACGACUGAAGAUUAUACAUAUACAGGCAAUUUUGUAAGAGGGGAAAAACACGGAUAUGGGGAAAUUAAUUGAAAAGAUGGGUCUUGGUAUAAAGGACAUUUUACGAUACAAAAGAUUGAAGGAGAAGGAGUCUAUCAUUGGACGAAUGGAAAUGAAUAUGAAGGUGAAUGAUUUCGAAAUAAAAUGCAUGGAAAAGGAAUCUUUAAAUGGGCGGAUGGAAAGGUCUAUGGAGGUGAUUUUUCACAUGGUCAGAGAGAAGGCCAUGGAAAACUUACAUGGCCUAGUGGAAGACAAUAUGAGGGAUAUUGGGAGAAAGGCUUAUAUGAUGGCAUUGGAAUAGAAAUAUUAGAAGAUGGCACAGCAAUUGAAGGGGUGUGGGUGUCUGGAACAAUAUUUAAAAAAUUCGAUCCGGUUGUUCCGGGUCCUGAUGAAGAUCUAUUUGAUCACAUUGGUUCUAGAGAAGUUUUAAAACAGCUUGCUCCAAACUAUGAUGAACUUUUAAAGAAGGUCAAAAUAGUAAGAAGAAUAGGGAAAAUUCCUAGCUCCCCCUUUAUGAGCAGGCAAACCAUUAUUUUAAAAAAAUUAAUCCUCUUUAAGAGCUAAUAAAAAAUAUUUUAAUAUAAAAUUUAUUUAAUAAAAAUUAUUUUUAUAUAUAGAUCUCUGAGGACAAAUGCCCUAAUAAAAACUUAUUUUAGCAUUUUAGAAAAAUCAAAUUGGCAAUUAAGAGAUAUAAAAUGAAAAAUUCAAAUUUAAUUUUGGCUUUUUGAUUUCCGUAAAAUGUAAAAAUAAAUUUUCUAUUCGGGAAUUUGUCCUCAGAGAUAGAGAGGCAUGAGCUAUAAAAUGUUUUUGAUAUACAAUUUUAAUUAAAAAUAAAACCUUUACGAGUUUAGCAGGAAAUUCUUGCCCGCUCUUAAAAAGGAUUAAGAGUGAGCCUGUUUCUGAUAGCUUUAAAGAGCCUGAAACAGACUACUCAAGAGAAGCUAAAAAAGAACGCCGAGAGAUCCUGGUUAAAGAUAUCAACGACAAAAAGAGUCAAAUGAGAAACAAAAGGCUUAAAGAAAAAAACAUUAAUACGGACGACCCCAGAAAAGCAAUUUUAUUGGAUUUAGAAAGUCCUUUAUCAAAGCAUCAAGUUUUCCUUAAAGCAUAUACAAUACAUGCAACCUUGCCACCAUUCAACUAUGAAGAUCCUGAUUUUGAAAUGCCCUUUGAUUUAAAUUUUUAUGAAGAAUGAACUGAUGUGGGAGAAGGAAAGUUAUGCUAUGUUUAUUUAUUUUGAAACACUUAUGCCAACUUUGAUACCAAUUUUUUAUUUAAUUGUUUACCAAUAUAUGGCAAAUAUAUUGAUCUAAAUUAUAAGAAGACGCUAUAUAUAAAGGACAAGUCGACGAUAACGACAAAGCACAAGGAAUGGGAACUCUUUUAUAUAAAGGAAGAAUUUAUGAAGGAUUUUGGAAAAACAAUAAAAAACAUGGCUUAGGACGUCAGAUUGGUGCGAAGGGCGACGUUUAUCAAGGAUAUUGACUCGAUGGGAAAAGAAAUGGCUUUGGAGUCUAUGAAAUUGUAGAUAAAAAUUAUCUGUAUAUUGGAGACUGGGAAGAUGACGUUUUCCAUGGCAGAGGAAUAUUGACUACAGCAGAGGCAGCAUACGAAGGAGAAUGGAAAGAAAACAAGCAGCAUGGAAUUGGAGCUUUAGUAUAUGAUGAUGGUAGAGUUUACAAUGGAGAGUUUAAACAAGGAAUUAUCCAAGGAUACGGAUCCUUAAUUUGGCCGAACGGAAAAGGCUAUGCAGGACAAUGGAAAAACGGAGAAAUGAUCGGAGUUGGAACUCAAGUGACCAAAGAAAUAAAAUCUUUAUACGAGCAAGGCCUCGCUGACUAUAUAUCAAAGCGUGCUUUCAAGGACAGCGACAUAAAAUCAUUUAUCCCAGAAAGUGAAAUCCCAGAAGAAGGAACUUUCGGCGUUGUCAGAAGCAAGAUAUCCGAAAACCCCCAAGAGCUUCAAGAAAGCUAUAUUCCUGACGAGCCUGGAGCUAUAGAUUAA